GUCUGGUUACUCAUUGCUUGAAACGUGCACUAGAAAGCUUGCUUACCUUCCAGGAAUAGGUGGCUAUUUCGAUGUUAUACCAAGUUUAAUGAAUGGAAGGUCAGAGGAAAGAACGUCUGGUGAAAGUCUCGGGCGUGAGCCUCCUUCGAAGUAGAGACUCGAGCAACAUUACAGCAAAGGCCUCAUGUCGAUUUUUGGAGGGUCCGAGCGGUUCCCCGUUGAACCAGCUCGAUCACCAGGGCCGAUCUAUGGCAAGCCAGACAUCCGCGCCAAUGCGCAGGUUGUUAUGAAGGCUGAUUACAGGCCUGUGGACGAAAGUCGGAAGUGGGGCAAGCGCGAGAGCUGGAUUGGCGGUUGCCAGUCGCCGUAUAUGCCCGUGGUUAGCAAAGAAAGCGGUCGAGCCCCAGGCUACUAUUACAACGAGAACGUUGACUCGAUCAAGACGAGGGCACCGAAGACGUCCUUCCCCAAGUCGGGUCGAUUUUUAUCGCAAAAGGUGAGUAUGACCGCUUCGGGUCACCAGCGCGAGCUCAUGGCGGCCGGGAGCCCCGGUCCAAAGUACAACGUCAAUUAUUUAGCUGCAAAUGGUGGCAAAGCUGCACCCCCGAAGUAUUCUUUCGCGGCACCACCUUCACCCAAGUCUACAGCUCGUGCGGAAGCUCACAGGAUGCGCCUCCCCGACGUCGGCAGUCCUCGGCGAGGCCACCGCGAAUCUUGGAUGUCCGUUAUCAAUCGCAACGGGGUGUUGGUCAUGCCAACAUCGCUCCCAAGAUCUCGCCAACCGACAAAUGGAGACACUGCGACGCCAGAACAAACUCGCACCGAAGAUACUGCACUCCAUACGUCAAACAACAACGCAAGCGGUAAGAACAGCGGCAAUGCGUUCGGUCACGAGCACCGCUUUGGCAAGCGGCAACUAGAGUCGUUUACCCAUAAGCCGCACGCUACCGCUGCACGCAACACCCGUGUGCAGUUUGUGUCGGCCACGCAUAUGCGCGAGAAUAUGGGCGAGUUUUCGCCAGGUCCGAUAUACGCGCCGUACAAUCCGGAAUGUCCCGGAGGAAGACUGGCGCCGUCGCCAAAGUCAGACCGGCGUCCAUACCCGCCUGGAAGCCCAGCCGACCCGAAGGACCCGCACGCAAACCCCAGCAGUCGAAGCUCGUGGCUCGCUGGAGCAGUCCGCAAAUGCGACGGCCAGGAGACCGUGCUGUUGCGUACGGGGGAUGUUCCACCAGGCCCGGGUUCGUACGCCGAGUCGCCGUCUUCGUUCACCACCUUCUCCCACAACGCCAAGGCCAGAGCCAAAGGCCGUUCCUUGGCAAUGAUCUCUCGACCAUCACCGAGACAGACUGGAGCGAUAUCCGCACGCUCACUGCGCCCGCGACAACAACUACCGAUAUCUUCAUCGCGCAAGGGUAGUGCCACUACAAGACCCGCUGAGCUCACUUGGGCUGACGAUGAUCCAUAGAAGGAGAAGCAAUAAUUGACGUUAAACUGCGCAAUGGAUCCACACGCGUUUUGCCAGU